GGUUUGUUUGUACUAGACAAGACUUUCAUGAACUACUGGGACUAUAUCAUCUUGAGGGAUCACUGCGUUUUUCGUUCUUGAGCGAGGGACAGAGAAUAAAUGAAGCGGUAGCACUUUGCCACUCAGGAUGCCACACUGCCAACCAAACCGCUUCUGGUAUGCUUUAGUUUCAUCUUUCCACGAAGUAGCGCGGAAAGCGAGAGACAUCAACCACGCACGGAUUCAUUUUCCACAUUCGUGGUUCCGUGCUGCGCCAUCCCAAACGUAACGAAAACGAUUCCACGGCUCGGAAACGGCAAGGACACACGAAAAGGUCGUGGAGAAAUAAAGCACCGAUAUUUACUAAAUAAGAUGGUGGGCGUUUUUUCGUGGUGCUGGUGUUGUUAAUGUUGCGAACGUAAAAUUUUUUUUGAGAAAUAACGUCUAGCUACGGGCCGAUCGCCUGCUGCCUUUCCGCCAGCACGAUGGCGCAGCAAGUGCCGGAGCCUUCGUCCCCAUCCGGUAUGUGGACUCCGAAGGGAUCCGGAAAAAUGAGCCCGCCAGGUGGGGGCAGCAAGAGUCCACCACUCGGUGGGACAUUCUCGCCGAGGAGCGACCGGAAACCGUUUAUGAAGCCGACUUACAUCUACGACGACAUUCGGGUGCCAGACGGCUACGCGCAGGGAAGCAACGAACACCCGCUGGAAACGUUCUGGACUUUAUCACAUGUGAUGUGCAGAAGCAUCAAAAUGUGACCACCUAUCCAGCUGCUCCAUCUGCAGAUUGUUGCCAUGCAUGACAGGCGGAUUGUUCUGCGUAUUUCUUCUAGGUAGAUGUUGUCUAGAUUGACGUAAUCAUUUUGUCACCUAUGUAUUCAUCUCGCCAUGCCCGUUGCAUAGUACUGCCGUUGGAUAGUACUGUACUGGCACUACCUAAGUCUUUGGCUGCUGGAUGGUACUAAAACUCAUUUAGCUUUUGUUCAUAGCAUACUGUUUUUGGUACGACCAGGGCGGUGCACGGAACAAGGCGAAGAAGAAGAAAAACAAGCGGGACCAUAGUUUAUCCCCGACUCUGCACGCGACGUCCUCGAGCGCCACCGCGGAAACAACAACGGGCAGCGAGAAACGCCUGUCCGCCGCGGAAAAGGAACAGCUAACGACCAAGGGCGAAGUCGAGUCGCCGGAGGAUUCCGAAGAGUCCGUCCCGAUUUCCCCAAAGACCUUGGGGGAGGAAAAGAACGACAAGGAGAUGUUUUUGACGCAGUUGAAGGAGCUGUGCACCGUAGGAACCGUGGAGGAGUUCACGCGGUGUUUGGCGUACCUGAAAGGCCCGAACCAACUGCCGAAAAACAAAAACGUGUAUUUGUUCCGGAAGGGGUUCAUUCCCGCCUGGGAACACCACCCGGACGGGGGCUGCUGGAUUAUCCGAGUUGCCAAGGACUGGACCGCGGUAGGAUUUUUGUUUCUUCUCGUGACCCAUUAUAUCAGUUCACCGCUCGCGUUUUUUUGGAAAUUUUCAUUGUUCCACAUGAACAUGCCGACGAUGGAUCACAAGUGCAAAAACUUUCGGUGAAAUAAUGUUGUGGUACACAUGAUGUACUACUUAGCAUGAUCCGCUAGAGACUAGCUGCAAAUGCUUCCACUCGUCCUCUUCAUCUCCUAUAUCACAACAACUACAGGUCGACGCGCUGAAUAGCAAGAAGAAAAAGAACCCGAAGGUCGAGCCCAAGCUGCCCCCAGAACCCUCCAAGGUCGCGGAAAAAAUGUGGAUUCGGCUGCUGCUGUGCGCCAUCGGGGAAGAGUGGAAUUUGCCCGACGUCGUCGGAAUCGUUCUGUCGACGCGCGGGGGCACGGACGCCCUGUCCGUGUGGAACAAAACGGCGGGUUUGAAGAUGGUGGUCGGCGAUCGACUGACGUACACCCUGGAACUCCCAGACACGACGCUGCUGCAGUACAAGGAACACAAAAAAUCGCUCCAGGACUUGUCAACCUUUAGAAACGCGGAGGAGUUCGUAUUUUUACCGCCGUGAUUCUUGUAGGAACAACCUAGGACAGCAUCUGCGAUUUUUCAUGGUCGCAGGAGCGGGAGCCGGGUUUAAAUUAGUAGAAUAUAAUAAAAUUCAAAAUUGUGAAAAAAAUAUUUUUGAUUGAUGCUGUUGCUGUCUAACUAUCUAUGGCACACCAGACGAAUUCGAGUGCGAGUCUUGUGACAAAGAUAAUGACGCAAGCCGUUUUUACACGGACUGAACUUCUCCGGACGCGACGGACCAACCUCCGUCUUUGGCGAUACUAUCCAAAACACAGUUUUUCAAUCCAGAAUUCCAUAUGAAAUUAGCACAUCACCCGUUUUAGUCAACCCAUCAGAGGUGUCAGCUCAUUCAUUGACAAAGAAAAAGAGAAACGCAAAAACUGCCACGAGGCAAUUUCACUUCAUCUGGAUCUGUUCCCACCGUCGAAGAAUUUGAACCGCGA